CUAAAGUGGAGGUUUUCCGUUCGCCGUAGGUAGAAGAAGAGUGCGUGUUACUGUUAUGUUAUGGAGUAAGCCAACCAAACCUACCAUUGAUGCCUCCCCGACCUUUUUCGAUGCAGCGUAGGUCGCUCACAAUAAUGAGGGGCAAUAAACCUUGGCAGAUCAUGAAGAUGAAGCUUUGAUGCCUACUAUUGACAGCUACUGCCUUGUGCUAUUAAGUGAGAUCAGUGUAUUUCCUCCUUGCCUGUUGAAAAUUAUAGUGUAAAUUUCUAGAAUUGCAAGACACCUGUGCAUUUAAGAUAUUUAAUUGAAAGUGUGUUCAGAUCUUUUUGGUUUUCCAAAAUGUGGCGAGGUGUGGCAAGAGCAGAAGUGGAACGAAGUGCAAGUAUUGAUUACCAGCAUGGUCGGCCAAGCCUUGAAAGUAUGCCGAUGAAAGGUAGCGGCUCUUCAGAUCCACAGAUGAGGUCCGGUGGUUCAUAUCCUCCAGAUUUAAGGGAAGCUAUCACAGGCCUUCAUACAAAGGACCUGUACAGGAGUGAGAUGCGGAAUUCAGUUGAAGGCCGUUACCAUGACUCCAGAGAGACAAGUGCUGGCUCUGGCUACCUACAAGAAUUCAAAGGUGCUGUGGAUGGUUCUUACUCAGGAGGUGGUAGCGAUUUGAGGAACUCAAUAUCAAGAUCUUACAGAGAUGGAAGUGAAGGCAGUAAUACAAGAAUGGAUUCAGGGCAUGCAAAGGAACCGGUUUCCAGACCUUUUGAGAGAGACUUGAGGAAUAUAAUUUCUGGAUCCCAUUCCAGGGAUUUCAGGGAAUCUAUUCUAAGUGCUGGAGGAAGGAACCCUGCCUCCUCCAAGGAGGUAAUGUCUGACAUGUUCUCAGGUGAUUUACGUGAUGCCAUAACAAGAUCUAAUCAUAGGAGUGGUACCUCAAAGCAGAUCUCAUAUUCAAUGGCUAUUGAAGAAGAGAGUUCCAGAGAGUCCAGUCAUGAUAGUCACCUUAAAAGAGAAGUGAAGCUGGACCAUCACUUUUCAAGAGAAUCCAGUGGACACAUGAGGAAUCCUGAAAGUGGGUAUUAUGCAAAAGGAUCAGAUCAAUUUGGGAAAAGUGGCUCAAGCCAUCAUGAUUCUCAUGCCAGAGAACUGAAAGAUGAUGAUUACGCAUUUUUAGCAAAAACCUUAAAAGAAACUGUUGACCCUAAACUUGGUUGGUCUAAGGGUUCUAACUCAUUUGCGGAACCUAUUGGGAUUAGUCCAUCCAGAAUUACCGUUAAUGAAGUGUCUGAUUACAAAAAAUCAUAUCACCAUUCGGAUUCAGGCAUUCCUCAAGCUACAUCAUACAUUUUAGAAAAUAGUGCAUUAAUGAUGAAUAUGAACCCAACACCAGUUUCUAUCAGUUCAACUACUAUAAAGCCCCAUACUGUCACAAAUAUUGGCAGUAAUCCACAACUUUUGCCAGCUGGUGGACUAGGUGUGAAGCUUCAAACAAAUUUAUAUGGGGGUAAUGAUUUGAUGUUAUUGAAUUCACUCCAAAGUAGAAGCCAGAGUGUAGUUUCUUUAGCUCCAGUUGUCAUGUCUACACCAGUUCAGAUUAUGGAAGCAACUACCGUAAACAAAGCUCCUAGUGUUACUUUGGGUGGAACAUUUUGGGAUUCAAUAAAGAAAGAAGGGCUGCUUUCAUAUGAGAAGAACCCUGUUAAAAUGACAUUGGAUUCCAGUGAGCUUGAUGCAACUCAUCCAGUUGGAGAAGACUUUCAGAUACCCUCGUUCCCCAAGAAACGCACUGCUGAGCUCAAAAGAAGUCGUAGUAGGUCCCCUCCAGGCCGGAGGGAUAAAAGCUAUAAACUUUCUGUUUCACCAAAGAUUAGAUCUGAUGCAAAGAGAGAGCAUAUGUCAAGACAAAUAAGAGAAAGGGCAAGAAGAGAUAGUCUUUCACCAAGACCAGAAAGGAUGAGGUCACGCACGCCACCACCUGAUAAAGACAGGGGAUUAAGUAGAAGAGGUCAUUUGCAAGAAAGGCCUUUGCAUGCAAGAGAAGAAUCACCUGGAAGAUAUAGGGACAGGUCACCAAGAUUGCGAGAAAUUUCUCCCCUUCGCUUAAGGAAAGAUCAUUUACAGCGAUCAAGGGAAUCAUCUCCUCGAAUGGUUAGAGACAGGUCUCCUAGGAGGCUGAGAGAGAGAUCUCCCCAUAUGAUACGGGAAGUGUCGCCUGAAAUGCCAAGGGAAAUGGGUUCAAGAAUGCAAAGAGAAAGAUCUCGAAUUUUUAGAGAAGCAUCGCCUCGAAUGAUUAGAGAGAGGUCACCCCACAUGGUUAGGGAAUAUUCCACUCAUGUGUUUGAUGAAAGGUCUCGAAGUAUAAGAGACUUGUCUCCUAGAUUGGAGAGAGGAUUGGAGAGAGGGAAAUCUCCCCCAAAGUACCGAGAAAUGUCUCCUCAUCAUUUGCGGCAGAGACACGAAUCCCCGCCGAGACGUUCAAGAGAUGUAAGAAGAUACUCCCGUGAACACUCGCCAAGGAUUGAAAAACAUUUUUCCCGAGAAUUGUCUCCUGGUAGAACUAGGAGAGUCUCGCCAAGUAUGUUACGAGAGAGAGAGAGGGUUAGAGUGAGAGAGAGAUCACCUUCAAGGCAUUCCCCUGGAAGAACAGGGUACAUGGGAAGUCAUUCAAGGUCACCUGGAAAUGUAAGGGAAAGGUCUCCAGCACGUUACAGAAAACUUACACCAGAGCACAUUAGAAAGUACUCUUCAGAAAGGUCUAAAGGCUAUUCCCCGGUACCAGUAAGGGUUUUGCCCCCAGAACAUUAUCAUGAAAAAUACAGAAGUCGUUCACCUGUACCAGUAAGAAUUUUGCCUCCAGAGCACACUAGAAGAGACUUUAAGGAUAAUAGAAAACGUGCUCCACAGUCAUAUGACAGACAUUCUUCUGAGAGCAGAUACCCACCAGUACGGCAGACACCAGCUAAUGUCGGCGUAAAGGUUGCUGGAGUCAAGGAACAGUCCCCUUAUUUAAGGGAUAUUGAUUCACCUCCUCAUGAUAUACAAAACUCUCCUCAUAGACCUACAGGAUCUCCACAAGUUGUGAGAAAGGGUUCUGAAGAAGAUAGAGAAUCACCAAGGCGUUCUUGGGAUACUCGUAAUAGAGCCAAAAGAAAGCGCAGACCAAGAAACAGACCAAGGAUCAGACCAAGACAACAGACAGAUAAGGUAAGGGACCUUGUAGUAGUAAAGGUAGCAAAUAGUGAUUCGGCAGCAAGUACAAAGGAUACAGGCUCAUCUUUGGAAUGCAGUCAGAAUUCUGUUGAAGGAUUUAAGGAUAAUCCUUUAGAUUUUCGAAAUGAAGCAUCUCCAAUAUCAGUUGGGAGCAAUGAUGACGAUGAAUUUGGGAAGACGGGUGAUUCACCUCUAUUUGAUGAUGUAUCUCUCUCCCCAAGAUCUGAUAGAGCAGCUUCCCCAGGAACACCUACAUCAGAUGAGAAGCAUAAACAAUGGAUGGAAAAUGAUUUGCAAAGAGGCUGUUCCCCUGUUAGUAUGAGUGAUUUUCCUAUAGACCAUAACAGUAAAUCUCAACCACCUAUAGCUCUUGAGAGAGAUCUCUCACCUGUGUCUCUUGAUGAAAAUAGUCUUGAUGAGUUUAUGGGAAGGAGCAUCAGAGGGAAGAGGUCAAGGUCCCCCUUGUCAGAAGCCAGCCGCGAUUCCCUCAUCGUUACUGAUAGCAUUGAUAUCCAAGAUUCCCCUCUGGGAGGCGGAGACAAGGAGAAUGAAGACUUGCGAGUAAAGUUACUCAGGAUAAAGGAAGAAAAAGUGGAGCUUAAAUUGAAGAAAUUAGAAGAAGAAAGUAGAGAAACUGAAUUGAGAUUGCAAAAUCUUUCUCCUGAUAUCCUGGAUUACUCUCCCCAAAGGGAUACUCCUUCUCCUCUUUUAGAUGAGUGUGAAGAUGAUCGACGUUUUUAACAGGAACUUUCCUAGUUUAAUGAUGGGCUCAUCAUUCAGAAGUUCAAGGGAAGACUAAUGUAUGUGUAAAUACUGAAAAUAAUCUAUAUUUUCUUGUUAAAGUACAAAUUAAUCUUACUGCCAAGUAAUUUAUGUUGUGAAGUUGUGAAGUGAAAUAUUAUCGAGUUGGCAUUUUUGGCUAUUUUGUAUGUGAUUUAUAAGCUGCUGAUUUGUGUGAAGUGAUAGCAAAUUUACAUAGCCUAUAUAAAAAAAAAAAUAUUUUGGUUAUAGUGUAAGUUUCCAGGAAAAUAGUCUUGAUCAGUGUAGUAACUUGUUUUCAAAUGAGCCCCUGCUGAAUGAUUUUCAUUUUUGAAAGGAGGGGAUCAUAGUUACAAGGAGAUAAUAUUCUGCUCUUAAAAUGAAGACAAGUUGGUAUCAAAUUGUGAGGAAAUUGAAAUGCUCUAAUUAAAGGAAGUCAAUUUUAGUUAAAGUUUUAUGUGUAUUAUCAUUAAAAGAACUAGAUAUUUCUGAAAGUGGCACCACGCUAAUUUGAAUGCCCUAAAAGUCUACUUGUGCUUUAAAUUCAAAACGUGAAAAGAACUUUAACAGGAAAGUGAAAUUGAAGUGAGAGAAUAACAGAAGUGUUUAUUAUAUUUUGUUAUAGUGAAUUUUAACUUGUGAUUGCUGUGAAAUAAAUUGCUUGAUAUUGACGUGUUACUGUGCUUUAGUGUGGAGAUGUGUUAUGUUGAAAAUUUGCCAUAGUUCCAAGAAUUGGAAAUAAAAUUCCAAUGACAGACAAAAAAGAAACUUGAAUCUUGCGUAGUGUUCUCCUGCUGACAGUGAUAUCUGAUUUGUCUCAUUUUUUUAUAGGAAUUUCACAGAGAUUACCAAUAUACGUUUUGGUGUGUUGCUGUGGAGUCAGUUAUGGUUUAUGACCGUUCAUUGUGUGCAGUAUUAUUUGUGAAUUGGUUACUGAUAAAAUUAUUGUGGACAUAUAGUGAAUGGGAACAUAAUAAGUUGAGUCAUAUCAUUCAGACAAUUGAUCCAGAAUUCAGUUUCAUUUUGGGAAAGUACAGGACAGUACUACACUUUGUAUUUGUUCCCAUAGGAAUAUUAAAUACUUGAGUUCAUUGAGAAUUAAUUUGUAAAGUAAGCAGAAAUAUUUACACCAGGUCAGUGUUUUGAUUGUACAUUUCUUCAUAUAGCUAGGUAGGAUUUUAGAAUUUGUGAGUGCGUACUACACCCGUGGAAUUUUCCUUCUCAGGAAACUUUUUUUUUUUUUUUUGCUCCUUUUUUUAGGAGUCUCUUUCUUGCACACUCAUUAAUACUCUUGGAGUUGGCUUCUGUGGUCAAGCAAAAUGGCGAAAGAAAACAAAACCAAUGCUUUACCCUCAUCAUAUGACUGUGUUAUGAGUUUAGACAUCUUUACACUCAUGUUAAGUUCAUUCACAGAGCUGUAUUUUUAUACAAAUUUUGGUGUUCCUUAAUGCAUGAAUAUGGUACAGUAUAUAUGUAGUCACUGAACACUUCCAACACACUUUCCUUGGUCCAUUUAGGUAAUUGCAUUUCUGGUUGUAACUAAUUUCUGAUUUAUGUUUUUGAUGAAAUUACAUGUAAAUGAAUAUUUUAAUUGGUAAAAUGUAUUGUCAGUUAAGUAGUACUGGACUAAUGUAUAUAAUGUAUAUAAGGAUGUGUACCAAAAAUUUCAGCUACUGCAUUACAGUACUUUGCAAGAAUGAUAUGUAUAGUUAUUCUGUGGUGACUGACUUUGGUAGCCGAUUCAUUGCAGAUGAUUUCACACGUGAUUUUAACUCACAUAUCUACAGGACUAACGUGUGAUCUUUUCAUAUAGUUUACCAGACCCUAACAGUUGGCAUACCAGGAAUAUUAUCAUGAAUAUAGAAUGGAUUCAUAUACAAUACCUGUGACAUAUAACUUGAAUCGUCAUAUCUUAACUUGAAAACUAUCAGCCUAAUAGGGGGAAGUUUAGUCUUUUCUUUGAGUUGUAAAAGAUCUUAAUAUCUUUUCAAGUCAUUAAGGGUGCACUAAAACUGGCUUAAAAUAUACUGCCCAGAGCCUGGGUUAGAGGUAGUAUUACAUUUUCAUCAUUAUAGUCUUAUUUAAAGAAAAAAAAUUCUUUUUCAUAGAAUUUUAUGUUAACUUCCCCUUGUUCAGGAUUACGAGGGUCUAAAAGCCUGGAUUCUUGGCAAGACCUAAGAGAAUUAACUUCAACACUUAAAACCUCACCUCUUUAAGUGGGCCGCACAUUUUUUUUUACUUAGAAUUUAUCGUUUAAGUGAAAAUUACUGGUACGUAUUUUCAAAGUAUGUGUAUGUACCUUCUGUAGACCUCUUUUAUUUCAUACUCCAUCUGCACAAGUUAUGGCAUAAUGGCAGUGUUGAAUGAAAGCAUAAAGUGGUGAAGCUGUGAUUAGCAGUGGGUUAGCUUUCUCCCCCUAGUAUUAGGAAGUCCUUUGUUUCACAUACUUAAAGCUAUCACUGUUAACAUCAAUGCUUGGCUUCUGUACUUCUCCCCAGCUUCAAUAGUUGUUUCACUGUACCAUGAUUUCUUCUCCUUUUGUUGUUAUUAUUUUGGUCAAGUUAACACUGUUGUUUCUUUCCUUUGUUCCUUUUAGUAUCUGUUAAGGAUCAUUAUCUUGGAAAUGCAGUGUUCGUGAUUUCUUGUUUUUGAUAGGAAUCUUGUUUUACAGAAGUUGUUAGUGUUUGUGUAAGCAGUGCUUCUUGGCUGGCAGAUGUAUACUAUACUAGGCAACCUCUUUAAAGGUUCAUGUAUUGACAAAUUCCUUUUUUAAAUCUCCCUCUAUUAGUUGUUUGGAGUUAGUAGUUGGGAUCAGAGUGGUUUUCAGCAUGGAAAGCAGAAGUGUUCAUCAUGAGUAAGAUGCACAUAAUGUAGAGGAUAUGUGUUUUCCCAUGUAGUUGGAGGACUAAGAUAAUUUGAUUGACUUGUUAACUCCGCUAAUGUUCUGUGGUAUGAAGAUGGUGAAUUGGUAAGAAGACUUAGUUGAAAAGGAGAUUCCUUGUCAUCCAUAGACAAGAAGAAUGCCUCAUGAGUUUUGCCAAAAUUUAAAUUGUAGGGAGACAUUUGGGAAGUGCACUAUAUUACUGAAAACAUAUUCCGUGUCAGGCAGGAAAAAUUUCCAUGUAAUAGAUAUUUGCCAUUUCUGGACACCCCAGUUCUCAUAAGCAUGUUAAGGAAAGAUUCUACUGUUUCUUGAAUUCUUACUUGGGAAGAGGGGUUGGGGGAGGGGGGGGGGGGGGGGCAAAAAACAAAGAAUCAGGUAGGGAAAGAUAGUAGCACCUUUUACUAUUCCUACAGUGUCUGACUCUCAGAGAGAACAGGGAAGUUAAUAAUUCCUGCUUAGUAAGAGAAGAGAAUGUCACAGGUACAUGAAGAGGAGGAUAUUGUGCAGAGGUAGAUAUUUUAGAUUUUCCAAUUCUGUUACUGUUCCAUUAAUGCUAGUUUAGGUGAGGUGAUCAGUGCUUCCAGGUCAGUUUUACUGCAAGACUUUAUUGGCAGUAAGGUUUUAGUGUGCAGGAAAUUAGAGCCUCAUGCCUUUCUGUUCCUUUGAAUUAAAAUGGUUCUCUUGCUCAAGUUGUUCCUGCAAAUAGGUAGAGAUGCCAGCUUUUUCUCAUCACAAUCUCUUCAUUAGUUUAAGCAGCAUUUUAGCACUUAUGUUCUGCCAUAACCAAGUAUAGAGGCAAGUAUGGUGUCUAAAGGGAAAAAUGGUAUGGUAUUUUUAUAUAACCAGUGAUAGGAAUACUACUGCAAUUUUUAUGAAGAUGAAGUAACUUGGUUUUGCCGUUCUAGUUGUCUCAUAGGAACCUUACUAUCUAGCAAAGCUCUAAAUCUUAUCAAGUAUAGGUUUUUAUGAUAAAACUUGAUAACAGACUUCCUCCCCUUUGGCCAUAUGUCAUUUUAUUCAUACAGUCAUUUAUCCUGGUGCGUUCCUAAGAUUUGGUUAAAUAACUGAUAUUCAUGAAAAGCUUAAUGCAGCCAUCUCAAAUCUUAAUGUGCAUGUUACGCCCUACUGCCGGUGGUUACAGUCAUCUCAUGUACAUUAUAGUGUUGUUCAGGUUUGGGUAAGUCAUUGAUUGAUUACAUUCCCUAAAAAGCCAAUGUUUGUCCUUUGGCUUAUAUAAUUAUAACCUUGGAUUGUUAUGUGAUCUCCAGCAUAUAGUUUGAAUAAAGGUAAAUAUUGCA